AUGUAUGUUGACACACUGGAUAUCAUCUCUACGAUCGUGGUAGAUGCUCCAGAAGCAGAUGCCGAUAGUUCAGAAAUGGAAAAGGAAAAAAAAUUCGAUCUGAUAGUGUUAAAUGUAAACCAAACCAUUAAGGAACUUUCCCAGAUAUAUAGCACAAUAGGGUAUUCGUCCCAGGAAAUCUCUGCCAAAAAGGCAGAGAUCUUCUCCCAUAUCGAAAACACCAUAUCAAACUUCGUAUCUAGUCUACAGCGAGAGAAAAAUUCCAUAGAAAACGAAUGCGAAUGGUUACGACAACAAAUCAGAAUCAUACUUGCCAUGAUAAACGAGAGCAGGGGAGAAAAAUCAUUAUCUCUACUUGAACGGGGAUUGGCUUUCAAUGACAACAGCCUCUACGAAGAGGGAUAUAAGGAAGAGGUGCUCCGUAAACUUGCACAGAUACAACAGAGAAAACUCAUGACCCAAGACUUUAACGACAACCAGAUGGACUAUGAACAGCAGUAUGAUUAUAUGAUGAAGACGAUUCCGCAGCUUUCGCUUAUUGAAUUGAAGAACAAAUUGAACUCGAUCUUUCUUGAAGUAUUGAAGGCCUUUGUAGUGCUAUUCAAGAAACUCAAUGAUCUUAAUCUUGAGUAUGUCAACAAAGGUGAGAUUGUAGGCGAUAUCCACUCACAGGAUGCCAAUUCUCAAAUACUUUCCACUCUUCAUAGUAAAGAGGAAGCUGAAAUGCAUCAAAGUCUUAUCAAUGAGUUUGAGUCCAUUAUAGAAGAAAUGAAUUUAUCCAAGAAGAACUCCGGCUUGAAGCACCCAGGACUGAAAGAUGACCUGAACACGUUUAUACUAUCAAGUCCUCGAAAAUCCAAAAAGGAGAAAACAGACCAACCUGAUUCUCAAAUUGACUCUUUGAGAGAUAUAAACUACCAGUUAGUCAGAGUAAUAAGAGGACUCAAGAUCACUAAGAUUACACCUGAUAUAUUAUCGGCUGUACAGAAAGAAAUUGACUAUUGCAAUAGAGAAAUAGAGUCGAGAAAGCAGAGAAUUGGACAAAUAACUGAAACUUGUUUCUUUCUCAUAAAAACAUUGCAUUUGAAUAAUGACCAACUUCUUGAGAUCCAAAAGAGUCAUGAAGUGAAACAUGAUGGCUCUGAUGGGUUCUUUGACAUUGAAACUUUACGACUUAUACAACACGAUCCUAGCCAGUUUGGUUUGGUCGAUGCCCAUUUAAACUAUCUAGACAGGUUCUGUAAUAUUCUUCAGAACAUCAAAGAUACCAAACAGCAGAAAUGGGAACAUUAUGUAUCCACAUGCCAAUCGUUGUGGGAAAAGCUUGGUGAAAGUGCAGAGUAUACGGAAAACUUCUUGAAGAUGAACAGCGCUCUUACUGAUAUCUCGUUGAUGAAUUUGAAACUUGAAUUGAACAAAUUAUACAUGAAGAGGUCCGAGUUUAUUGAAAGUUUUAUUUCCGAUGCCAGAGUGGAAAUAGAAAAGCUUUGGGACAAAAUGUUUUACGGGAAGGAACAAAGAGUAACUUUCAGGUACUACAAUUAUGACGCUGAUGACGACAGCCACGACAAAGAGACAGUUCUCUCUGAGCAUGAACAGGAAUUGGCACGAUUGGAGAGUGAGUACACAUCAAAACUGUCAGUGUUGAUCCAUUAUGAACAACUAAAUGGACUAAUUAAGGAUCAAGAAUUCCUUCGUGAAUCCUCCAAGAACUCCGAGAGAUUGCUUAGCAAGGACUCUUGUAAAAUCUUGCUCAAUGAGGAAAAGAUCAGAAAACGAAUCAACAAGAAUCUUCCACGAUUACUUGAAGGCUUAAAGAGUGAAAUUGUCAAGUACAACAACUCUGCAUUACAAGAAGGAAAGAAACCGAUUCUGAUCAACGGCGAAGAUUUCUUUGAGAAAAUAUUAAUUAUUGAAUCUGAACAAUUGAACCAAUCUAGUGCUCGAUCUACGAGAGGAUUUAGAAAGCCUAGAACUACUACUUCAGUUUCUCCAACUCGAACAAAUAAUAAAGCUCCGAUCAAUCGUACUAGACCAAUUGUGUCUCCUGUGAAAACAUCUCGAUCGCCAACUUCAAUGUCUGCCAGAGCAUCUAGGCCAACUCUUUCCAGAAGAACGUCGCCAUUAAAUACUUUAUCAGAACGGACUUUUAACAAUCCUACCACUAUUCGCUUAACAAAUGCGAUUAAUUCAAGUAUGAGUGGAAGCAGCAAUUCCAGUACUUCUAGUGCUGAAAGUCCAAUUCAUAUGGGAAAUAGUUUUUCACCAAUGAAGUCUUUUGUAGCUCACUUGCAACCCCUCAACUCACCAUUAGUUGCAGAUGGAAACAAGAUGAGCCAAAUUUCAAAAAGGAACUUGAAUCAUAACUUGCAAAAAGAGUAUUCUUCUCCAUAUGAAAUGUCACCUAUCAAGAUAAAUUUGAAAAACUCCUCUGGGAGAAAGCACAGUAUAUCUACCUGCGACACUUCCACCUUAAUAGGUGAUGACUACCAGCACUGGAGAAACGAGAAGAUCAAACAAAUGAACAGCAUGCAAUAG